GCGAGAGCAGCAGGAAGCGGCCGGCCGCGCGGGCGCCGCGAGGGCGAGCGGGCGAUGGUGCUGCCCCGGCUGCUGCUCGGGGCCCGGCUCAGGGCGGUCGUCGGGUCGGUGGAGGCUGCACCCUGCGGCUUAAAGUCAAUAAAGGGAAGCUGUCACAAAUUUUGUAUUGCUGUUUUGAAAGAUGUCACUUAUAAGGAACUUAAAAACCUGUUGAAUUCAAAAAGCAUUAUGUUAAUUGAUGUUAGAGAGACAUGGGAAAUUCUUGAGCAUGGAAAAAUCCCUGGGUCUGUCAAUAUACCAUUGGAUGAGAUAGGUGAAGCUCUACAGAUGAACCCAAGAGACUUCAAAGAGAAGUAUGAUGAAGUAAAGCCAUCCAAAUCUGACAGUCUGGUGUUUUCUUGUUUAGCUGGGGUGAGAAGCAAGGUGGCUCUGGACACAGCAAUAUCUCUGGGCUUUAAUAGAUCUCAACACUAUGCUGGAGGAUGGAAGGAAUGGGUAACCUAUGAAGUUUUAGAAAAGAAAUAAGGAAAUUGAAAUUUGGAAUACAAGUUGGAUCUUCCCUUGUGUACGUGCAGCCUAAGAUAGUGGAAUGAGCAAAAGAAUAAAAAUCUAGUCCUGUUACCACUGAUUAUGGCAAGGUGAUUUUGUGUAAACCAAUUACUUAUUGAAUCUUUUUCUCAUUUGUAAAUUGAGAAUACCACUCUCCCCUGCCUACUUUCAAAGGCUAUUGAGGAAUGAAAAUAAUGUAUGUAACUUGCCAUGGAAAUAUAAGGGCUGAGAUUCUAGGAGUUAAUUUUUUGAGUAGUUUAGUAUAGUUCAAUAGUAUUCUAAAAGACUAGGUUACUUGUAUUACCUAAUCAUGUGUGACUGUAUGUGUUAGUACAGCUUCUAUUCAUCAUAGAGGCUAUGAGCUAGACCAGUAGCUUCAUAAGCAGACCUGACCUUUAAAAAAAUCAAGAUUGUAUGAUCUAGAGAAAUCAGGGAAAUCUGAACAGUGAAAAUACAUUAACAGCAUCCACAGACUUAUAGGAGUGUUACAACCAGCACAGUAGUGAUGUAAUUUGCAAUUUAAAAA